AUGACCAAGCUCUCCACCACUCCUCCGCCGCCGCCGAUCGUCAUCAGGGAAGUCUGGGCCUCCAACCUGGAAUCCGAAUUCGACCUCAUCCGCGCCGCAAUCGACGAGUUCCCCUUCAUCUCCAUGGACACCGAGUUCCCGGGCGUCGUCUUCAAGCCGUUCAACAACAACCACUACUCCUCCUACCGCCACCAAAACCCCUCCGACCACUACAAGCUCCUCAAAUCCAACGUCGACGCCCUCAAUCUCAUCCAGGUCGGCCUCACCCUCUCCGACUCCGACGGCAACCUGCCGGAUCUGGGAACCGGAGCGGCGCAGAGGUUCAUCUGGGAGUUCAAUUUCAGGGACUUCGACGUGGACCGUGACUCCCACGCGCCGGACUCCAUCGAGCUGCUGAGGCGGCAGGGGAUCGAUUUCGCGAGGAACAGAGUUGAAGGGGUCGACUCGGGUCGGUUCGCUGAGUUGAUGAUGUCGUCCGGUUUGGUUUGUAAUGAGUCGGUGAGCUGGGUGACGUUCCACAGCGCGUACGAUUUCGGGUACCUGGUCAAGAUCCUGACCCGGAGGUCGCUGCCGGGCGGGCUGGAGGAGUUCUUGGGCCUGUUGCGGGUUUUUUUCGGGGGCCGGGUUUAUGACGUGAAGCAUAUGAUGAGGUUCUGUGAUAGCUUGUAUGGUGGGCUGGACCGGGUGGCCCGGAUGCUGGAUGUGGGCCGGGCCGUGGGGAAGUGUCAUCAGGCUGGGUCGGAUAGCUUGCUGACCUGGCACGCGUUUCAGAAGAUGAGGGAUGUUUUCUUUGUUAAGGAUGGGCCGGAAAAGCAUGCGGGGGUCUUGUAUGGGCUAGAGGCCUUUUGA